GCAGGCUACGAGUCGGAGCUACUAUGUGAGACGUAGCCACGUCGAGCCACGAGAGUCAGCCUCCAGAAUCUGCGUCAGACGGGUCUAGCAUGGAACAGCAGUCCUUUUGGGUGGCAGAAGAAGUUCCCGAGGAAGACAGUGUUGUCUUUCAGAGCUACAUCAAUCGCUAUUCGGGAGAGCCUCAAGGGGAGCAUGGGGUGUUUGAACCGAAGAAAGAUCAAAUCAGCAAAUGGUCCGAUGCGCCAAACCCAGAAUGUUAUGCAUCCUUUGGGGAUGGCGGUGUCACAGCUACCGUCAAUGCUUACGGCGACCUGAUGCAAUUCAGCAGCUUCUUGGGAGUUGGAGAUUCCGGAGUCUUUUCCGCAGAUCAUCGCAACACGGACGAUCCGUUCUGGCUGAUGAAGGCAUCUGAGUUUAUGAGUGUCUACAAAACUCAAGAUGACCAUGAUUUGGCCCGGCAGGUGAUCCGGAGGGUUGCCAAAGCAUGGAUCAGUACACUUCAGGAGGCUGACAAGCGUACUUCACAUGUCUGGCCUCGCGCACAGGACGAGGGGUGCAACAAGUAUAGACUCAGUGAACAUGUUUGGAUAUGGAAAGCCUUAAAGGCUAUUAAGGAUGACAGGCAAAGACCAUCCGAAACGCAGAAUCUUUCGGAUGACAAUGAAUUGACUCGCAGAGACGCUCCCGAGACCGAAAGCAACGACCGGAAUCAUAUCGAUUUGGUUCAGAUACACAAAGCUAUCAGUGAGGACGAGAAGCUUUUUAAAGACUUCGACUCUGAUACCGUCCAACGCGACAUCUUGAGGCGGUUCACGGUGGAAAAUGAAGUGUCAAAGAAGCGCAUGUUGGCAAUGACAAGGUCUUCCCGAGAGACGCGUUUCUUGCUCCAUGCUAGCGACACAGCCUUAUUCUAUGGAAUAGACUGGGGUUUCAUCUUGCCGGUGUUUGACGAGGUAUGGAACAAUACAAUCGAAGCCCAGGUGCACCACAAUGAGAACUCGGAGACAGUUUGGGACAACUCGAUUCGCUAUGCACUCGCAAUCAUGAUGGGAACCAGAAAAAUGCAACUUAACAAGAAACCUCCAAAGGAAUUGGUCAAAUCUGCAUUCGGUAUUUUGUUCAGUACCACCAGCCCCAACGGGCUCUUUCAUGGGCAGCUUGAGGGAACAACCAAAGAGCCAUCGCUGUUUACUAGAAAACAGUACCGCGACUUCUAUUUCCAUGCCAGUUUCGAGAUUCCCUACAUACUUCUCACACAACGGGGGAGAAUAAAGUCGGCACUCAGCGAUUUUCCUGAUGAGAAUCCCGAGUCAUCAUCUAAACCUGCGGCGGCGAGAACGACACAACAGCAAAACCUGGAGGAGGUCGUAGAGAUCUUUACACAGCAACCAAAACGACAAUCGCUAGUCGUUGAUCGUGAAUACAGAUCUCCUACAGCACAAGCCCCUGUCACCGAGACAGUCGAAGCACGCGAGCUCUCUACCAACCGCUAUCUUGGGGCCAAGUCCAAUAGACCCAAGGUCACAGCUAUGAAAAAGAGCGUCCCAUUCAAUAGCCUCAUCGACCAGAGCAGUAUCGUUGAUCUGGAGGAGGAAUGGCUCUACAACUAUCCUUCAUUUUUUGGGGGUAAGGAGUGUACUCCCUCUGAAUUUCAAGACGAAGCGCUCAAUUUAUCCGCAACCACGGAGAGCAACAAUGGAGGCAUAGUUAUCAACAGAGCCGCCGAAGUCUUCAUCAGGGAAUACGAGCACAGGAAUAUGAUUUCAGACCCUACAGGGGCCUUGGAUUCACAUCACCCAAUGUUCAAUAAUUCGGACAUCAGGGGGUGGGUAGUGAACAUUCAGAAGCAAAAGCAUCUCAGCAAGCAGCAGAGAGCAUCCAGGGACAAUGUUGAAGAGACCCAGGAUCAUGCUAAACUUUUCGACAAGUUGUCAAAGACUCGGAAAGCUGAAGAAGCCAAGAAAAGGUUCAUUUGGUUACAACAAGCGCGCGGCAAAAGUGCUCUUAUAUGCUACGUCAAUAGUCCAGCAAACGAACAGCCUGCGAUGUCUCGUUUCUUCGACUCGCAUUCUCACUACGACAAUCAGUUCCUCGAAGAAACAACAAUGGUACUCAACGUCUGGAACAGUGAAUUGCAUCUGAGCUUUUAUCGGCUGAUUGAUAAGGAUUACAAGCCGCACUGGGGAAUACCGUCCUUGAAGGGUACAGAGCUCCCAGGCAACGCCAAAUGGAAGCUCGCGCAAGCCUCAAUGGGGUUUCGCUUUUCUGGUGAUUUCUUCGACCGAUAUUGGACUUGUUACAUGAUUGAAUAUAUACCGGGCUACGGGGUGCGGGAAGGCGAGCGUGGUAAAUUACCAUGGAAAGAAGAAGGCUGGAGGCAAAGGAAAGUACUCGAGCUGCUCCUUUUUGACAGAAUUCUGAAGCAGAUCAUACGAAGCACUGAAGACAUCUUUGAAAUGGUCAAAGAUGAGCUAGGCGACAAACGCGGCGUCAUCUCAUUCUCGGCCCUCAACAGUGUUGAGUACCUUUCAUCCAGCACUAAGUGGCAGGUCUACCAGCAGAUACUUCAGAUGAUAGAAGAAGAGCUCUUCGACGUGCUAUCGACAGUCUCUAAGUGGGAGACGCGUGAGAAAGAUAGAGGACAAGAGCGACCACGCUGGACGCGCAACGACGAACGGAAGUACCGCGGCUCCAUCGGAAAGCUGCAAGCGACGACGAGCCGCCGUAUCAGAGAUUUGCAGAAACAACGCAGCGACAUCCGGUCGCUCAAGGAGCAAAUCAUCCGUGAGCAGCAACAGAGCCGCGACAACGUCUCGGUCAUUGACGCAGAGAACGUGAGACUCUUCACCUAUGUGACUGUUGUCUUUUUGCCUCUCGGCUUCGCGGCCAGCAUAUUCAGCAUGAGCGAAACGCCGCCAGGCGACGUUUUGAAGCCCAUGGCCGUAUGCUCCGCCGUCGCGCUUGCACUUACCUUUGUGGCGCUGGGGAAUGCGAAGAAAGUCUCGACGGCGAUAAACAACUACUCUCAUGAGAAGAUGAACAGCAGCUCACUGGGCCCCGGACGCGAGAUGCAGGACAGUGAGGGGCGAGUGUUGGCCAUACCUCAACGAGAAGAGGCUCAGGCCGGGAUGUCUGAAAAGAACCAAAGACGUGGUGGUUUUGGUACAAGCCAUCAAAUCAACCAUAAAACCAGCUUUUCGGAGCACCUAUGGUUCUGGAUGAAGUACGUUCUCAUUGACCUUCCUGCUCGAAGAGUCCUCGUGGCCUAUCUGGACUUGAAGCCCCCAAUGCGUACCGACUGGAUCAUGUACGUUCACGUAGGUAUUGGCGCCAUUGUUUUGCCGAUGGUUCUCGUCACUUGGAUAUUUCGAUGCGUUUUAUACAACGCCACUGAUCUGUUCCAGCUUGCUUGGGGACUGGUGAAGAUUUCCGUCAAACCAGGCCCGCCAGAUAAGUACAAAGACCUGGAAUCCUAUAUGGACAGGUGGGAAAAUCCUAAGAAUGUACGACCACUCAGAGAAAAGGUCAUGGACGUGAGUAAACCGGAAGUCGAGCCAAGCAUAGACGAAGCGGUAACGUGA